AUGCACAGCAUCCUAUCGCACCAAAAUCGAUGUGACACACAACACGCCUCGAAAACGCCUAUAAGAACCUCUAUUACUCCCCGCAUAUCCCUUCCUUUUCCCACUCAUACCUUCCCUUCCCGCUUAUCCCUACCCUUCCCGCUCAUCCCUUCCCUUCCCGCUUAUCCCUUCCCUUCCCGCUUAUCCCUUCCCUUCACGCUUAUCCCUUCCCUUUCCGCUUAUCCCUUCCCUUCCUCUCCCCCGCAUCCAGUCCCCCACUGCCCCCCUUCCAUUCCCCCACUCCCCAACGCCCAUUCCCCCACUUCCCCCGUUCUUUCACCUGCUCCCCCCCCGUCCUUUCCCCCACUCUCACCCGUCCAUUCCUCCCUCCCCCCCAUCCAAUACCCCACUCUCCCUCACCCUUUUCCCACACAGGCCGAUGCCUUUUUGACCGUGCAUGCCCUCCGCUCCCAACACGCCUUUUUGUGGGAACCACUCAUCCUCCCUCCCCCCUGCUACCCCUGUCAUCCUCCCUUCCACCCUGCUACCCCUGUCAUCCUCCCUUCCCCCUGCUACCCCAGUCAUCCUCCCUACCCCCUGCUACCCCAGUCAUCCUCCCUUUCCCCUGCUACUCCUAUCAUCCUCCCUCCCCCACCCCCACUCCCCUCUCCUUCCUCCCUUCGUUCCCCACCAGGUGCACGAUAA